CUCGCCGUGACGUCACACAGGGCGCCGGGAAAUGGCUGCCGGGCUCCUACGUCAUUCGGUCGCGCAGAGUUUGGCCGUUGCUGUACAGUUGCUGGGAGGAGGCGAGAAGUGAGGUAGCUGGGGCAAAGACCAUGCAGGACAGCGAGAGGUUUCCUGGGCAGCAGAGGCCGCUGGGCUGGCGAUGAAAGAAGCAGGGCAGAUGCAAAAUCUGGAGAGCGAGGGGGCCGGACGGUCAGUCAGCACCCAGACUGGCAGCAUGACCGGUGAAAUACCAAGGCUUUCUAAAGUCAACCUUUUCACUCUGCUCAGUCUCUGGAUGGAGCUCUUCCCAGCAGUCAAAAGUCAAAGACGAAAGUCUCAGGAAAGGGAGGAAGGAAAGCAUGGACCCUUAGGAGAUAAUGAAGAGAUGGCCAGAGUAUCUACUGACAAAAAACAGGUGAAGAGAACUGGUCUUGUGGUGGUGAAAAACAUGAAAAUUGUUGGUCUCCACUGUUCAAGUGAAGAUUUACAUGCUGGGAAAAUUGCUCUGAUAAAACAUGGGUCAAGGUUGAAAAACUGUGAUCUUUAUUUUUCCAGAAAACCAUGUUCUGCUUGUUUGAAAAUGAUUGUAAAUGCUGGAGUUAACCGAAUUUCAUAUUGGCCUGCUGAUCCAGAAAUAAGCUUGCUUACUGAGGCUUCUAGUUCUGAAGAUGCAAAGUUAGAUGCCAAAGCAGUGGAAAGAUUGAAGUCAAACAGUCGGGCCCAUGUGUGUGUCUUACUUCAGCCUUUGGUGUGUUACAUGGUGCAGUUUGUAGAGGAGACCUCUUACAAAUGUGACUUUAUUCAAAAAAUUUCAAAAACAUUGCCGGACACUACCAUUGACUUUUAUUCUGAAUGUAAACAAGAAAGAAUAAAAGAAUAUGAAAUGAUAUUUUUGGUUUCCAGAGAAGAAAUGCAUAAGCAGAUACUGAUGACUAUAGGUUUGGAGAACCUGUGUGAAAAUCCAUACUUUAGCAAUCUAAGACAAAACAUGAAAGACCUUAUCCUACUUUUGGCCACAGUAGCUUCCAGUGUGCCCAACUUUAAACACUACGGAUUUUAUUGUAGCAAUACCGAACAGAUUAAUGAAAUUCACAAUCAGAGUUUGCCGCAAGAAAUUGCAAGGCACUGCAUGAUUCAGGCCAGGUUAUUGGCAUAUCGAACUGAGGAUCAUAAAACAGGAGUUGGAGCAGUCAUCUGGGCAGAAGGAAAAUCUAGAAGUUGUGAUGGAACAGGAGCAAUGUACUUCAUAGGAUGUGGUUAUAAUGCUUUUCCUGUUGGAUCUGAGUAUGCUGACUUCCCGCACAUGGAUGACAAACAGAAAGACAGAGAAAUAAGGAAAUUCAGAUACAUUGUACACGCAGAACAGAAUGCCUUGACGUUUAGAUGUCAAGAGAUAAAACCAGAAGAAAGAAGUAUGAUUUUUGUGACAAAGUGCCCGUGUGAUGAAUGUGUACCUUUAAUUAAAGGUGCGGGCAUAAAACAAAUCUAUGCAGGGGAUGUAGAUGUUGGAAAAAAGAAGGCAGACAUCUCUUACAUGAGAUUUGGGGAACUUGAAGGUGUUAGCAAAUUUACAUGGCAACUGAAUCCAUCAGGAACUUGUGUUCUUGAGCAAAAGGAGCCUGAAAGCAGAGAGAAUGGUGUGUUGGGACCCAUACCCCGGGAUGAAGAACAGCACCAAAACAAGAAGCUGCGUCUUGCAAACCACUAAGUAGUCUUGUCUAAACUGGGGUGAAGGCCUCAAGAAUUUUUAUUGCACUUUUAAAAUCCAGCCUUGUUAACUCAGAAAAUAAGAAUGGAUUUUGGAUAUAAUUGAAAAAAUUUUUUAAAGAAAGCUAAUUUAUUACUAACAUAUGAAUGAUAUUAAUGAGAAUAUUUUUAUUUUAGAUUUGUGUGUUUUCCAGAGUAUAGUGGUGUGUUUUUUUAUUACACUGAAUGAGGUAUCAAUAAUUUAAUGAGACCAGUUCAAUCGGCCAUACAGAUUGAUUUCUCCUUGUCUUAGCUUUACAUUAACCAGUUUGAAAGGGGCUGGUUUAUUGGAGGGCACAUCUCAGCAAAGAAUUACAUACCUUUUCAGAAAUAUUAAAUCUUUUUAAAAUAAAUUUAUUUUAUUUAUUUAUUAUUUUUGGCUGCGUUGGGUCUUCGUUGCUGCACGCGGGAUCUCUAGUUGCGGCGAGCAGGGGCUACUCUUCGUUGCGGUGCACGGGCUUCUCAUUGCGGUGGCUUCUCUUAUUGCAGAGCACGGGCUCUAGGCGCGCGGGCUUUGGUACUUGUGGCUCACAGGCUCUAGAGCGAAGGCUCAGUAGUUGUGGCACACGGGCUUAGUUGCUCCGCGGCAUGUGGGAUCUUCCCGGACCAGGGCUUGAACCCAUGUCCCCUGCAUUGGCAGGCAGAUUCUUAACCACUGCUUCUAGGGAAGCCCAGAAAUAUUAAUUCUUUUGGAUUAUGAAGGUGAUAAUUAGUAACUACUCCAGGAAAAUAAACGGCAACCUGGCCAUUUUUAAGUCAGUGUAUGGUUCACCAAAAGUUCCCAUUUAUACUCAAAGCUUUCUAAUAAUCAGAAUUUACUUAAUUAGGAUUGAGUCAUAAAAAUGAAGUUGGGGGCUUCCCUGGUGGCGCAGUGGUUGCGCGUCCGCCUGCCGAUGCAGGGGAACCGGGUUCGCGCCCCGGUCUGGGAGGAUCCCACAUGCCGCGGAGCGGCUGGGCCCGUGAGCCAUGGCCGCUGAGCCUGCGCGUCCGGAGCCUGUGCUCCGCAACGGGAGAGGCCGCAACAGAGGGAGGCCCGCAUACCACAAAAAAAAAAAAAAAAAAAAAAAAAAAAUGAAGUUGGUGGACCUGGUCUCCAUUAUAAAAGUAUAUUCCUAACAAGGUUAUUAAUUUUUCUUCAGUCUUUCGAUAUGUAGAAAUCACAAUCAUUUGUUGGACUAGGGUGUUUUUAUAUCACUGAUUUUGGGUAGCAAAAGGAAGAGAAUAUAAUUCUGAGACAGUAUUACUAUUUGAUAUCACUGACUCUUGAAACCACUAACAACAAACUUCAAAUUUGGUUAUGAUGUUAAAGAGAAGAAAUAUUUUAGUCUGGAAUACUGAACUAGCCUUUUUCAAGUUCCAUUCAUAAAUGCUGCCCAUUAUUCCCUCCAUAUAAUUAGCACAGAAUGUCUCAUGGCUUUGAAUGGAAAGCCUUAUAAAAACAUUUGCAAACCUUAAGAAUACUGAAAGUCUUGAAAGUAAACAUUAUGGUCAGUUCAGUUAUUUUCCAAAUUGCUCUUCGUGAGUCCUCUCACUUUUAUUUGCUGAGAAACUUUCAGAAAAUUAGCCCAAAGAUGAAGGUACAUGUUUUCUACUUUCCUAGAGUUAGAGAGGGAUUUGCAUGGCCUGUGGCCUGCAGGCCUGGGGUGUGACAUGCUGAGGCAUGACUGCCCUGGCUAUAUGUGGGGAAUCAGGUUUGCCUCUGCUGUUGCCCCCUUUCUUUCCAGGGCAUCACAUAUCAUCACAAGGCCUCCUAUCAGUUUCUCAGAAUUUUACACAGGACAAUCCACAUGUUGACCGAUGUCCCUGCUUGGACAGCAGUGUGCUUAUUAGGUCCUCCGUUGAGAACCUGGCAGUUGAGAACUGCUGUAAACAUUUCACCACAGAUAUAGGACAUGGAAUAGAGAGGGAUGGGAGGAAAGAUGCCUUUAGAGGUAACUAAGGCUAAUUUGAAAACCAGUGGUUAAGCUAUUCUUUAACAUUUAUCGAUAUUAAAUAUUGAGAUUUGCUUACAUUAUGCUUAAGUUCAUCUUAUUUUUUUUAAAAUAAAUUUAUUUAUUUAUUUAUUUUUGGCUGCCUUGGAUCUUCGUUGCUGUGCGCGGGCUUUCUUUAGUUGCGGCAAGCGGGGGCUACUCUUCCAUGCGGAGCACGGGCUUCUCAUUGCGGUGGCUUCUUGUUGCGGAGCACGGGCUCUAGGUGCAUGGGCUUCAGUAGUUGUGGCAUGCAGGCUCAGUAGUUGUGGCUCACAGGCUCUAGAGCGCAGGCUCAGUAGUUGUGGCACACGGGCUUAGUCGCUCCGUGGCAUGUGGGAUCUUCCUGGGCCAGGUCUUGAACCUGUGUCCCCUGCAUUGGCAGGCAGAUUCUUAACCACCGUGCCACCAGGGAGGCCCAAGUUCAUCCUAUAUGAUGUGUUGUUUUCAACUGAUAUGUCAAGCUACAUCAACUAUUUUGUAAAUCAAUCAGCAAAUGUUUUGCCAGUUUUGUGGAUUUAUGUGUUGGACAUAGUGGGGAAUAUCGGAAGGGAGAAACAUACAAAUGGGAAGAGCUAUGAUUAGGAAAUGGAAAACUGGUUAUUUCUGUAGCACUAUUAAAAUGGUCAUGAUAAUGCCAUAUUUCCUUCUGUACAACUGGCCAGAUUUCAACAUUUAUUGAUAGUUUACCAUGUAGUACCAGAAGGAAAGCUCUUUGAGUGCAGGGAUGUGUGUAUGUGUGUGUGUGUGUGUGUGUGUGUGUGCACGUGUGUGUUUAAACUGCCGAAUCCAGUGCCUACAACAGUGUCUGGCACAUAACAGGCAUUCAAUAAAUAUUUGUUGAUAGACUGAAUGACUGCUAGACUCUGGCUAGACCCUGUAGAUGAGAUGUGUAAGAAAUGCGUCCUGACCUCAAGAAGCUCACAGUCUAGUGGAAGAUGCAGGCGUGAAAUCAAGCAAUAGAGUGAUUCUCAGAAGGGGGUCCCUGGACCAGCAGCAUUAGCCUCCCCUGGGGACUCAUUAGAAGUGCAAGUUCUCAGGCCCACCCAAACCUACUGAGUCAGAAACUCUGGGGGCGGGGCCCAGCAUUCCCUCCAGGUGAUUCUGAUGACCCUCAAGGUUGAGAACCGCCAUGUGGAUGUAACUGUAGGAACAGUGGUGGCACAAAAGAGGACAAGCAUAUACUCUGGUGAGUCAUGGAGAAAGGGUCUUGUAGAAGUGGAGGUCCUGAAGGGGCUACAGGGUGUUGCCAAGCAAACAGUGGGGGUGAGAUGAACUUCUGGGAGAAAGUAGUGGAGAUAGAUGGUCACACUGGGAAGCAGGGAAGGGAAGUGUGAGGGACUCGCACAAAGAUUGCUGAGCUGUACCAAGAGCACCCUGGGAUAGCCCUCUGCCUAAAAUCUAGGAAUUCACAGUCAAGAGGGUUCAUCCCUUAGUGUGAGAAAUCAAAAUUUGCACUUAAAAAUACAUCAUCCUUAAUUUCAAAGAUGGGGAGAAUAAUAGUGAAUUCAUAAUUUGAAAAAAAGAGCUCUGCAUUUGUUUACUGCCUAGUGACAAUAUACUAUGCCACCUGGAGGCGGGGUGAGUGUGGGUCUGGCUCGCCACCCAGCUGUCAGGUAGAGUGCAUGCAGGUUUACAUGUACUGUUUCAUUGCAUCACUGCCAAAGCUUUUUCUUUUAUUCAGCUUUCUAUGGGUUUCUCUUCCUCAGUUACUUAUUGAGUUUGAGAAUAUAACUUCUCUCAUAAAUCUUCCUCAUUUUAUGCAUGAACAAUUCAGCUUUAAGAUCUGCCACAACAAUCUGCUUUUGACCCACUUUAGAGCAAUUUUUUGAAGUUCUGGUAUUGCCAAUAGUGGCCACUUGGCAUUUAGCUGAGGCUAUUACUGUUGCUUUUUAGGAUUAAGCAACAGUUUAGAACCUUCAUUUCAUGUGUAAUAUUCUUUUUUUUUUUUGCUAUCAUUUAAAAUUAUAACAUAUUUCUGAUAUACAAGAAAAGUUAAAAGCCCCAUUAAUCAGUAUCAGUUGAAAAUGAGGCCCAUUUAAAAUGGAAUAUCCUUUAGAACCUUGUCCAUAAAAAUGUAUUUGCUCUAUUCAAUGAAUGAAUUGCAUUUAAAUAGACUCAGAUUUCAAAGGAACUUAGAUCUCAUCUGUUUAGAAUACUCCUUUAUAGUUCUGGAAACAGAAGCGUCCAGAAGGUGAAUGAUUUCUUCAAGUCUAGUUCAGAAUGUCACAAGGGCCUAAAUCAGUAUCAGGAGUUUUUUUUUUCCAUUUUCAGUUUUGCUUUUAAUGUAAGUGCACAUUUGUCCUGUACAUGUUGACAUGUUGGCUGAUUUUAACAUGUAUGUGACAGUAAAAGACUUCCAUUACUGUAAAUUAAGUCAUUUUUUAGUAAAAUUACACCUACACAUUUUAAAUGAGCAAAUAGUCCUAUAAACCUUACUUUGAAACAGUAAGUCCCACGCUGUCCUCUGUAUCACCCCACCCCAGAGGCCACCAGGCUCAACUAUUUUAGCUGAUUAUUUUGUAUUUAUCUCCACAUCUCCAAAUCGCAUGUUCCUUACUAGUGUUUCAGUUUUAGGUAUUUUCUUUUGAAUUACCAUUAUGAAAGAGCUUUCUUUCAUCUCACUCUCUCCACACACUUCCAUCUUUCCAUCCUCCCCAUAUUCUUUCAUUUUGGUGGCAUCAAUAUUCAUUGUUUGGUAUUAUGACUAUGUAAAUGCUACUCACAGGUUUGUCAUGUUGUGUACUGUGAUUACUUUCCCUUUCCUUAUAAAAUUUAUUUUUCUGAAUUUAAAAUUUGACUUUUUUUGGAGGGGAGGGAGCUUGGUUUUCUAUAUUUUAUUGCUAACCUGUAGCCAAACUCUUCUCCCAGUUGUGUGACCAACUCUUCUCCCGGUUGUGUGACCUUCUUUCAGUAUGUUGAAGUACAUUGAGUGUCCUAAAAAGCUCUUCUUAUUGAAGAAAUCCCUCCUAGAGCCUCUGACCACCUCUAGCCUGGGCUAAUUGGUCACUAGACCUUCUGCACUGCUGGCUUCCCGGGAUCUUCCUCCACAGCUCUCCUGGAGGGAGUUGGGGGGCAUUCUUCAUCCUCUCCUUGAAUUGGAACACCUGUUUCCUGGAAUCCAGUCUUUUGCUCAGUUUGGUGGGCAUAUCUUUCAGAAGGUCUCUGAGAAAAAGGUACAUGGUGGUGGGAUGACUGUCAGACAAGACUAUUGUUGGGGAACAUUUUCGAUGCUAUGAGUAUCUGCAAAUGUCUUUAUUCUACCCUCAGUUUAAUUGAUAGUUUGUUGGGUGUAGAAUUCUAGAUUGGGAAUAACUUCCCCUCAGAAUUUUCAAGGCAUUGUUUCAUGAUCCUAGUUACACUACUAGAAUAAGUUUCAAGGUUUGGGUUGUCAAUCAGACUCACAGGAAUCAAUGAAGGGGGACUUCCCUGGUGGCGCAGUGGUUAAGAAUCCGCCUGCCAAUGCAGGGGACAGUUCGAGCCUUGGUCCGGGAAGAUCCCACAUGCCGCGGAGCAAUUAAGCCCGUGCGCCACAACUACUGAGCCUGUGCUCUAGGG